ACAACAUGUACCCCAAAAGAGGCAGCAGACCAAAUGAUUGAAAAUCUGAAGAAGGAGCUGAUGGCAAAGCAAACUUCUUUACAGUCAGCUAUAGAAAAUGAGUCCUCAUCAGAUGAGGACAUACUUGCCAGAAACUGGAGUAAGGUACAACAGCAAAUGAAGGAACUUAAAAGAGAGAACAGGAGGCUAAAAGAAGACAACAUUAAAGAGAUACUUGAUGCCAUGAGAGAGCUUCUCACAGUAGUGACGAAGUUGAAAGAAGUGAUUGGACAAAUAACACUUCAGGCCUCACCUACUGCAUCCACUUCUGCAACACCUUCAACAUCAGUAGACUCUGCAUGUGUUUCUCCUCAAGUGUUGUCUGAUGAUAUGGUGUUUCUCAUGCCAGGCUGUGAUGUCAAGGUCCCCAAGCGAAAGCUUAACUCUCUGCGGAUGGCAAAUCCGUCAGUAUACAUCGGGGACCUUGCUGUGCUUGUCUAUGGAAGGGAAACCCUGUCUCAUUCAAGCUUGACAGGAAGACACCUGAACCACCAGGAUCUGACCAGCAUCAUCCUCUCCUUAGCCCACAGCCUUACAGGCCUCAGACAGGAGGUAAAUGAACUGAACUUACAAGUCACAGAGUUCUACAGGGAACUGACACCUGCUCAACGAGAGAAAGCGCAGAACGGAUGCAAAGAACCGUACAGAAUGGCGCAACAGAAGAAAAAUCACCAGUCUUCAGGAGGCUCUAACAGCUACUAG